AUGGGAUGCCUGAAACUAGAAAAGGUCUAUAUAUGUUCGUAUACACUUCUAUGUAUCUGUUAUAAGUCAAAGAACAAACAACAAACAAACAAACAAAGUAGACCUACAAUUAUAACGACAAAGAAUACAAUGCCAGAAGAUCAUCAUCACCAUGAACAUGUCAAUUCUGCCAAUUCACAUAGCGAACUAGCUAAAUCUGUAGUAAGGAGCUCUACUCCAUUGAACCAGAGGCCAGUUUCCCCGUAUACUUUAAAUCCAAUUGUGGAAGAAGACGGUUUCUCAUGGCCAAGUUUUGGUACUAGAAAGAGAGCUGAAGAGACACCAGAAGAUCAUCAGAAACGUAUUGAUCGUAUCUCAGGAGCAGUGAAGACAAUUCUAGAAGAAAUUGGAGAGGACGUGGAGAGAGAAGGUCUAUUGGAUACACCACAACGCUAUGCUAAAGCAAUGUUAUACUUCACUACAGGUUAUCAAACAAAUAUUAUGGAUGACGUAAUUAAGAAUGCCGUCUUUGAAGAAGAUCACAACGAAAUGGUUAUUGUGCGUGAUAUUGAAAUAUAUUCUUUAUGUGAACAUCAUUUGGUACCCUUCUUUGGUAAAGUUCAUAUUGGUUACAUUCCAAAUAAGAAAGUUAUUGGUCUUAGUAAAUUAGCUCGUUUAGCAGAAAUGUAUGCAAGAAGAUUACAAGUUCAAGAACGUUUGUCAAAACAGAUUGCCAUGGCUUUACAAGAUAUCCUAAAACCUAUGGGUGUCGCUGUAGUAAUAGAAGCUACUCACAUGUGUAUGGUGUCGAGAGGUAUUCAAAAGACUGGAUCCUCCACUAUAACGUCUUCUAUGUUGGGUUGUUUCAGAGCUCACAAAACAAGAGAAGAAUUCUUGACUUUAUUGAAUAGAGGUCGCUAA